AUGAAGUUGAACGUCUCAUCGCCUGAGCACGGCAAAGUGGUCACCGUCGACAUUGACGACGAGAAGCUGCUGCUUCCUUUCUACGAAAAGCGAAUCGGCGCUGAAGUCCCCGCCGACACUCUCGGCGACCAGUGGAAGGGCUAUGUCCUCAGAGUUACUGGCGGUAACGAUAAACAGGGUUUCCCGAUGAUGCAGGGCGUGCUUACCAACCAUCGCGUUCGGCUUUUGCUUAGGAAGGGCAUGCCUUGCUUCCGUGAGCGCAGAAAGGGCGCUGCGAGGAGGAAGUCUGUCCGCGGUUGCAUCGUGGCUUCGGACCUGUCGGCAUUGAACCUGACGAUCGCGAAGAAGGGCGACAACGUCAUCGAGAACCUGACUGACGAGGUCCGUCCCCGUCGUCUGGGACCGAAGAGAGCCGGCAAGAUUCGGAAGAUGUUCGGCCUCGAAAAGGGUGACGAUGUGCGUCCCUUCGUCGUCCGUCGCGUCAUCCGCGAAGGCAAGACCAAGGCACCCAAGAUCCAGCGCCUCGUGACUGCCCAGCGCAUUCAACGCAAGAAGGCCAAGAAGACCGCGAUGGCCAACCAACGAGCCGCCUCCAAACAAGCCGCCGCCGAGUACCAGAAGGUUCUCGCCGAUUACAUCGAGGAGAAGAAGAAGGCCAAACUCGCCUCUGCCGCCGCCAAAAAAGCCGUGACUGCCAACUAA